AUGAACGAUAACCUCCUCAUCGCGCUUGAUCGAAUCAAGUUCUAUGCGCAGGAUGCGCUGAUGACUGUCACCCAGUGCAUCUGCCGCCCCGAUGCAACGCUCAAAAUCAACGGGCGGCAGUACAAGGUCGACAAGUUGCUGGGUGAGGGCGGGUUCUCGUUCGUCUACCUCAUCCAUGACACGAGCCUGGGGCAGCUCUUUGCGCUCAAGAAGAUGCUCGUCACAACGGGACAGGAGGGCGUGCAGCAGGCGAUGCGCGAAGUCGAGAUGAUGCGCCGCUUCCGCCAUCCGAACAUUAUCAAGCUCCUAGACUCGGCUGUGCAACAGGAUGAGAGCGGCGACGGCAAGAUCAUCUAUCUCUUCCUCCCUUACUUUCCGCGGGGGAACCUGCAAGACCUGAUGACGCAAAACGGCGUAACAGGCAACCGGAUCGACGAGGACCGCCUCCUCCGCAUCUUCCGCGGCACCUGCCUGGCCGUGCGCGCGAUGCACCAGUACCGCCUGCCGAACAUUUCGGCCACGUAUCCUCCGACGCGCGACGACGAACCGCUGCUCAACCAGCCUGAACUGGUGUUCGAUGCGCCAGAGGACGAGCCGGGGCAGGAGGGUGAGCUCGUCCCAUACGCCCACCGCGACAUCAAACCGGGCAAUAUCAUGCUGGCAGACGACGACACACCGAUCCUCAUGGACUUUGGAUCAGCUAUAAAAGCCCGCAUUGCCAUUGCAAACCGCCAACAGGCGCUUCUGGAACAAGACAUCGCGGCCGAGCACAGCACAAUGCCGUACCGCGCACCAGAAUUGUUCGACGUCAAGACGGGCAAGACGCUCGACGAAAAAGUUGACAUCUGGAGCCUUGGGUGUACACUGUAUGCCGUGGCGUACGGCUUCAGCCCAUUCGAGACUGACGGCGCGUCCAUCGCCAUGGCCGUCAUGUCUGGGCGGUACCGGCACCCAGGUGGCUUUUCUGACCGGGUGACGCAGCUCAUUGACGCGAUGCUUGUUGUGGAUCCGGCACAGCGCCCUGAUAUCCAGACGGUCAUCGAUCUUGCGGAGGCAUCGCUGCGGACAGGACCGCAUUCCAACUAG